GGCGCGCGGCCGGCCGCCUGCGUAGUCGCCACCAUCACCGCCGCCGCCGGACAGCGCCUUCCUGCACGCUAAGCGCACCAGACAUGGACGCCGCUGCCUCCUGCGCUCUGCUGCUGUUGCUGCUUGUCUCGGCUACCGUCCUUCCCUCGUCAGCUCUCAAACUACCCAGCUAUGUGAAGCCGUGCUCCAAGAAUGACCCGAACCUCAACGACUGCGCCUACAAGCAUGCACAAGAGGCCAUCCCGAGCAUCCUCAAAGGAGACCGCAAGUACAACGUGCCGGCUAUGAACCCCCUCAAGGUGAGUCAGAUCAAGGUGAGCCCAGGCGACGGCAGCGUGGGACUCGGCAUAACCUUCAAUGACGUCAACCUCUACGGCGUCACCGACGCGGUCAUCAAGGAGACCAACUUCGAUCUCGCCAAAAACGAAGCUGUGAUAAAAGCCAGCGUCCCGGUAGUUCAGAUGGUGGGCAAGUACGUCGUGGACGGCAAGAUCCUCCUGGUUCCCAUCAAGGGCAACGGAGACUGCAACAUCACACUCACUGACUUGGACCUCACCGUCACGGUCCACUGGGAGCUGGAGAAGAGAGACGACGGAAAGGAGUACAUUAAGCCUGUGCACUCGGACAUCAAGUACGACUUGAGCCGCGCCUACAUCAACCUGGACGGUCUGUUCGGUGGCGACAAGGCUCUGAGUGACAACACAAACAAAUUCCUUAACGAAAACUGGCAGGACGUGGCGAAGGAGGUUGGUCCGGCCUUGGCGGAGGCGCUGGCCGCGGUGGUGACGCAGAUUCUGUCCGGUAUCACGAACCUGGUGCCUUACGAUGAGGUCUUCCCAGAGAAUGUGUAGCCCGCAGUGACCGCCAAUUGUACCAAAUUGUUGUUAUCGCCAUGUUUUUCUGUGCCAGUAAAAGUUACUUGAAAACA